UCCUCUGGCUGGGUCGGCAUCGGAUAAGGGAGCAAUAAGCGCUCAGAUACGAGGAACAAUUGGCGCCAAUCGGACGCGUUCAGGUGUUUCUCAUCGUGAGUGAGUCGAGUAUCCGAGCUGUGAACCGCCUUCCUAGUAUAUUGUCGUGUCGAUCCGGAGAAGAGUGUGGCUAUAGACUUGGGUUGGGACUGCAAUCUUUUACAAUUCGAUCGCUUCGCAAAUUGGACGUGUUUUGGCCUUGCUCUUCAAUAUCCUAUCUCACCGAUCGUUAUUCGGAUUCAUUAUAAAUGAGUAUCGGACGGCCGUUACCAUAUUAGUUCGUCCCCGGUGUCGCAGUUGUUUAACAGAUCGUGCUAAUUGCUGAGUUCUAGCUGACCGAUAGGUGACACAAAGUGCGAUUUUUUCAAGCUUUAAAUGUUCUGAAACGAUGAAUUUCAUUUAGCACUGAUGGUGUUGCUAAUGAUUUUAAUGAAAUCGCAAAAGUGGUACUGUGUUAUAACGACGGAAGUGAUUUUUGUGAUAAGAAAGUGCAGGAACGGAUUUUCUUGGAGAGUAUCUUAGCAUCUUAAACAAUUGACAGAGAGUGACAAGAAGCCUAGAAACAGCAGGGAAGCCGACCAGCCAUAAUGGAUGGAGGAGAUCGGGUUCUGGUAGUUGCACUGUUGCUAUUCCGAUUAGUCAGCCUGAUCAAUGGGUCAUCGGUAGCAUCGGUGGAGCCACAUUUGCUAGGAAUUGUUCUCGUAGAAGAGCUCAAUGUCGAAGAGGAGAAAGCUGCAAAUGCUACAUCCGUGGAUUUUUACAAUCAGGAAGCAUCAACGGUUGCUUAUCAAAUAGACGAAGACGUAGAAUCUACAACUCAUAGCGUGCCUCAAACUACAAGUCUACGGGAACUCCACUCUGUAACUCCUACUAUGGAUCUGAUCACAAUCGUCUGGUACGUGGCCACUUUGAUAGCUCUGAUAUCGUUCUUCGUAGUGAUGGCAUGUGCGGACACGAAUAAGUGCUUCACUCCGAAACCUCCGGAUGUAGAGACCCCUGUGCCUCCUACGCCAGCACCAUCGUACCGAUUGUUCGCUCCGCCAAGCUAUGAGUCAGUCAUUGAGAAGGGGCCUGACAGCAUUUUCAUCAUACCGAUCGAUGACAAUGGACGAGAGCAGUUCACCGAUGAUUUGAUGGCAAAUCUAUCUGACGUUAUGGAGCCUGUGGAGCCAUCCACCAACGUUCAAAGUGAAAGUGCACAAAAUACCAUUCAUUCUCAUCGUGCCGACAGUUCAUUAUCGGUAGCUGUAUGAGACAUGUGAUAACUAAGAGUGAUUAAGAAGCUCACCACUAAACCUCCUGACGUCAUCAUCUAGAUGGAACGAAAACAGAUUUUCUUCAAGUGAUGAUCCUCAUUUUUACGAUUAUCAUCAGUAAAGAUCAACCGUGAUUCAAUACUCGAUCUGCAAUGUUGAUGAUAUGAGAAGCACGAAGAAUGAAAAUAUAUUGUGAAAUUGUGUUGAAUGAAGCAAAAAUCUAAAAGCAUUCUGAGCAGUGCAGAAAAAAAUAUAGUGUUAAAAUUAUCAACACAUGCCACUCUACCCGUUAAAAAUGUGAUCCUAUCUAGUCAAACUAUUGGAGAAAAUCUGUUUUCAUCGGUUCCACAAUGACGCAAGACGUGCCUGGAAUGAUGACUAGGUACGCUCCAAGCUACACACAUUUCACAAAGGUGACCUGGAUGGCAUGGAUAUUAUAUAGUCGCAAUUUAUUUGUGCAAUGCGUCACGAUCGUUCGCGCACCAGUAUACGCUAAUCGGGUGCGAUUUGGAAUUAUCUUGUGUUGAUAAUAAUGAACGAUAACUGGUUUUCCCGCUACAUCGAAUGCAGUAUUAGUGCAGAAAUGUGUUUACAAGAUAUGACUGAUCGCGAGUGAAACGCAAUCACGACAGCGACAAUCAUUAUAAUUGCUAAUUAGUUUACACACCCCCACGACUGAAUAACUAGACGAUUUAGAAUGUAAGAUGUGAUAGUUAAUGUUUUGAUUAAGAAUAGGGGAUGUUUUGUACUUUAGAAAUAAGAGACGAAAGGCAGUAGAUACAAUGUGCUUUUAUAAAAAAAAUUGAAAC